GGGCUGGACAUGUGCGCGGAUAUCAUCGUCGGCAACGAGCUAAUACGCGGCAUCUCCGGCGGCCAGAAGAAGCGCCUCACCACAGGGGAGAUGCUGGUCGGCCCGACCAAGGUGCUAUUCAUGGACGAGAUCUCCAUGGGCCUCGACAGCUCCACCACCUUCCAGAUUGUCAAGUGCAUCCAGCAGAUCGUCCACCUGGGCGAGGCCACCGUCCUGGCCUCGCUGCUCCAGCCCGCGCCGGAGGUCUUCGGCCUCUUCGACGAUGUCAUGCUGCUGUCCGAGGGGCAGAUCGUCUACCAGGGGCCCCAGGAGUACGUGCUUGAGUUCUUCGAGAGGUGUGGCUUCUGGUGCCCGCAGAGGAAAGGUGUCCCUGAUUUCCUUCAGGAGGUUACAUCAAAAAAAGAUCAGGAACAGUACUGGAUACAAAAUGAAAAACCAUAUCACUAUGUAUCAGUACCUGAAUUUGUUGCAAAGUUCAAGAAAUUUCAUAUGGGGAAGAGCCUCAAGAAACAACUUUCGGUGCCUUUCCAUAAGAGGAAAAUACACAAAUAUGCUUUGGUCUUCUCUGAGAAGUCUGUCUCUACUUUGGAGCUUCUCAAGUCUUUCCUUGGUAGAGUGCUUAACAAGGAUAUAGUUCUUCCAACAUUAUUUCUUGAGCGAGGGGUCGUAGUAGGAGUUGAAGCUGUCGAUGCCGACGACGCCGUCACCGCGCUUGUUGUUGGGUGUCUGUACACGAUGGCAUCAGUGAUGCUCAUCUUUUCAGCAAAAGCUGCUGAUAUUCACCAGAUAAUCCCUCUUGUGAAAGCUGCAGGACCAGAUAAAAUGUCAUCUAACAGUGAGAUGGUUUAUGGUUCUGAAGAAGAUGAAAAUGAUGCACUGGCCUUUCUUUCAGCCAUAAGCGAGCACGACAUGGAGCUAAUAGAAACUGUGAUGUGCCACUUCAGGGAGAAGUUUGAAAAUUUACCAGAGUAUUGUCGUUGUAACCUGUUGUUUUUGUCUGCUCAUCUCCUGUCCACAGGAUACUACAAGUUUCCUUUGCAGCGCUACAUGGCCCUCGUGGAUCUCCAGGAAGGGAACGAGAGGCUUUUCUACAAGCUGUUCAUUGACAACAUUGAGGAGCCGUUGGUGAGGCCUGCCAAAAGUUCAUAUGGUGGUUUUAUUUGGUUGUGCAGGGGAAAGAUCCUUGAGGUGCUAAAAACUGGCUAG